AUGCUGUUUAUUUUACUUGUCCUAAGGUAUCCGCUUGGGCAUGUGAUUGGUGGAACUGUUUACCCUGGAUUGACGUUGAUGGCAGGCACCUUGUGGUGGAUACAGAAUUCUUUAAACAUUCCUCUAUCUGUGGAGACUGUUUGUGUAUUUACUGCUCCAACAUUCUCUGGUAUUGCUGCUUGCGCUACUUUCCUUUUGACGAAGGAAGGUAAGGGCACCGGUGCUGGACUGACUGCAGCAGCUCUUUUGGCCAUGGUUCCAUCCUAUAUAUCUCGCUCUGUGGCUGGCAGUUAUGACAAUGAAGCUGUUGCUAUAUUUGCUUUGAUCUUCACUUUUUAUCUCUAUAUAAAGAAUUCUUUAAACAUUCCUCUAUCUGUGGAGACUGUUUGUGUAUUUACUGCUCCAACAUUCUCUGGUAUUGCUGCUUGCGCUACUUUCCUUUUGACGAAGGAAGGUAAGGGCACCGGUGCUGGACUGACUGCAGCAGCUCUUUUGGCCAUGGUUCCAUCCUAUAUAUCUCGCUCUGUGGCUGGCAGUUAUGACAAUGAAGCUGUUGCUAUAUUUGCUUUGAUCUUCACUUUUUAUCUCUAUAUAAAGGUUGAUCAUUUUUUAUGGAUCUUUAUUGAAAUUUUACUGAUGGAUUGUGAUUUGUAUAACGAACCAUUUCCUGACUAUGAUUACUCAUUAUCUGCGGACACUGAACACUGGAUCCCUCUUUUAUGCUACUUUAAAUGCGAUAGAAUACUUUUACUGGUCACUAUUCCUCUCGGCUGUACAUUGCAUAUGCUCCACUUGUAA